GUUAUCAUUAGUGGAUGCUUGUAAGAUUUUAGAAAAAUUUGUAGUCGUAGUCCUUCAAAUGGAAGAGACAAAAGAGAGCUUUGUGUACAAGGGUGUUGCUGAAAGACUGACACUUGGCAUUACUCGAAUACUCGAUAAUAUGCCAGGGGUGGUGGAUGUGCGUUUCGCAGAAAGGGAGCCUGCAGAAAAGAGGAGCUUGCUGUCAUGGGAGCAGAAAAACACGUGUAUUUUACCAGAGGAUCUACGAGAUUUUUAUCUGACGACUGAUGGAUUCACAUUAACCUGGAGCGUUAAACUAGAUAAUGAGUGUGUGCCCUUAGGAUGCAUGAUGAUUAACAGUGUGGCUAGGUUGUGCCCACUGCUCCAACCAGUAUCACUAUUCUCUCUUCCCAAUGCACCCUCUCUGGUUGACCUGGACUGGGAGGAGAGUAGCACAGGAGGAAGUGGACUGCAGCAUGCACCCGCUGCACCUCAUUUUGAUGCCCGGAGUCGCAUCUUUGAGCUGGAUUCUUGUGGUGGGAAUGGAAAAGUAUGCCUGGUCUACAAAAACUGCACUCCAGGGGUGGUAGCCCAGCAGAGUGAGCUCUGGUUCCUGGAUCGUUCACUCUGCUGGCAUUUUUUGACAACAACUUUUACCUCCUACUACCGGCUGAUGAUAAUACACCUGGGUUUGCCUGAGUGGCAGUAUUCCUUCACCCCAUAUGGCCCAAGCCCCCAGGCUAAGCAAUGGGCAUCACUUUAUCAGCCCCUGACCUUCAGCUGUGAGCUCAUUCUGGCCGAUCCUACUGGAGAUUCCUUUAUUAACAAGCUGGAUCCUACCAAGGCCUUUAAAGGUAAAACCAAGGUAUCACCCCCUAAGAAGAAGCAGUCGACACAGUGCACCUCAGGGGGCACUGCCAAGGGCCAAGGCAACACAGGAAAACAAAGUGGAGCAAAGCGGUGAAAGAGUUCCCAUCCAAGACAGACAUUUCAUGCUGCCUGACUACGUGUGUUACCAACAUGGCUUAGAAGACCAGUCUGCAGCUCUUUACUAGCAAUUCUGUAACGUGUAACGUGAGCGCAUGUUUGAAGAGAUGCCUAGCCAGGUGAUUUUCUGGGUCAACAGACACUCAAGUUGGUAUGUACCUGAUAAUGAAUGUGGAACAUUUAGAGAUUUAGAAAAGCCUUCAUUAUGUUUCCCUUCUUGAUCACAGUUCUUCCCUAACAUGGUUUAGCUGACUGAAAAAGGUCAGUUGAUUAGCUUGUCACACAUUUAGAAAGACAUGGAUAUCCUUUUUCUUUUACUGCUAAGUAUUAGUGAUGGAGAAAUUAUUUGUUGCAUUAGCAACUGGUUUUCUCACAACAUUUUUAGCACUCAAACUGAUUUAGUCAGUGUUCACCAUUGACAACACUGCAGUUACCAAUAAUGACACUGUCAGUUUCUAACUGCUUUUAUUAUCACUUGCAUUGAUGUGCUGCUUAUUUUUGAUUGAUUAGUCUAUAGUAGUGUACAAAAAAUAUAAGAUUCUCAAGAAAGUUUUUAACUGGGUAACGCAUUUCCCCUUUUUUAAUCACUUGUGUCCAAGUGAUUAAAACUCCAAGUAAAAACAUCAGGUAGAUAGAAGAUAAUGGUGUGAAACAUGGAUCCCCAGUUCCAAACUUUCAAAACUACGGUCCUAUAGGUUUUAGAUGUUUCCCAGCUGCAUUGACAGCCUCGUGAAGAACUUGACAACAAGCAGUUGGAGAACCAUUUGAAUCAGAUGUGUUGCAUCAGGGAGCCUCUGAAACCUGCAGGACAUUGCCCUUUGAGGUCCAGGACUGGUGAUCCCUGGCGUGUAGGUUUCAGCCAGUAUGAGUGGACAGUAUUAACUCCGGUGUCAAACAGAAAAAAACAGUGAUCAUGUGAUUGGAUAGAACAAAAGCGCCAAUAGAAACUGCUGUAUGUAGUCAAUAGAUGCCUUCCAGCUUUUGUAUGAGACAUUGUUUUAUCAAAGUGAGUAUUAAAUCAAGUUGCACUGUAACCAUUAUAUAACUGCAGGACCUUUUAUGUUAAAAAUGUGUUUAGGACUUCGGCUCCUUGGUAUUCAUUAUUCAUGCACAAAUGUGAGGGGGCGAUAUUCCAGCAUUGUUAUCCAUCUUUAUCCAAGUGCAGCUCUUAUCAUUAAUAAAAAUAUACCGCUUAAA